AAUUACAUGACCGGUAGGUAGUAGAUAGUGUCUCCCUCUCUCCUUCAUAGUCUUCUUCACCUCGUGCACACGCUUCUGAGAGACGAGGCGAUUAACGGCGCUCUCUCUCUCUCUCUGUUCGCCUUUGUCGCUAAAAGAAGCUGGUGGUAGAUGGUGUUUUUGCUGUUUAGGUUUCUUUGGGAUUGAAAGUUAGAGACUUUCGUUUGCGAUUCUUGCCUUAGAACCGUGAGGAAUAUAUAUAGUGUACAAAUGGCGCGUAGAGGAAGAAGAAAGGUAAAGCCUUACUGUCUUACGGAGUCUGAACAGAUGAGUGUGUGAUGGUUGUUUCGGACUUGAGAGAGAGAGAGAGUAGGAGAUGCUUUAGAACUCAUGUUCUUGUUUUUGAUUUCCGGUGGGAAAUAGAAAUCACUACAAGAAAAUACGCUGAUUCUGAGGGAAAUACCGAGGGAAAAUGAGUUUUUCGGAAAUUUCUGACAAAAUAUCGAGGAAAUACCGAGGAAACGAAGAAAUGGGGUUUCCUCGAAAUUUCCUCACUAUAUUUUGAGGAAAUUUCGAGGAAGACCAACUUCCUCGGUAUUUUUCGAGGGAAUACUGAGGAAAUACGGGUCGUCGGAAAAAACCGACGGAUAUUUCUAAUAUUUCGACGACAUCUUGUAGCCGUUAGAGAGCCGUUGGGAGAGCCGUUGGGGGAUUUAAACUAUUUCGAGGAAAUUUCGAGGAAAUGUCUGUUUUCCUCGAAAUUUCCUCGAAAUUUCCUCAGUAUGCCGGGAGGAUUUCAUCUAUAAAUACAGCCACCCCUCUUCCUCUUCAUUCACUCCAUUUCUUUUCUUCUUCUCUCCUAGUCUCACGAAUUUGAUUCCAAAAAACAUGUCUUCUUCAAAUUAUUUUCGUUCUUGGAUGGAUCGUCCUCAUUUGGAUCCGGACACGAGAUUGCUUACGGAAGAAUACAAUCAAGGUAUAAUCGAGUUCAUGAGGGUAGCUCGCCAACAACCGGAAGCAGAAACAGGUAAGUUAAGAUGUCCUUACUCUAAUUGUAAAAAUAGAAAAGUUAUUAAAGAGUGGGAUGUUUGGACUCAUCUAUUAUUGAGUGGGUUUACACGAAGUUACAAAAUUUGGUAUCAUCAUGGGGAAACUGAUUAUGAACUUGGUAGUACUAGCGAACCUCAGCCGGCGGUUAGAUUAGAAGAACCAAUUAGGGCGGAUGUAGAUUAUGGUGUAGGUACUGAGCAGUGAUAAAUGAUCAUUUUAGAGGGGAAGAUUUACCCAAUGCAGAAGCUAGGAGAUUUUAUGAAAUGUUGGAUGCUGGAAAGCAACCAUUGUACGAAGGUUGCAGAGAUGGUCAUUCAGCUUUAUCAUCUGCUAUGAGACUGAUGGGCAUUAAAACAGAUUAUAACUUGGCUGAAGACUGUGUGGAUGCGAUAGCUAAUUUUGUUAAAGGUAUUCUACCUGAGGAUAAUGUAGCUCCAGGUUCAUACUACGAGGUUCAAAAACUCGUAGCUGGGGUUGGUUUAUCUUAUCAGGUAAUAGAUGUAUGCAGCGAUAACUGCAUGAUUUAUUGGAGGGCGGAUGAUCAGCGGACUACAUGCAAAUUUUGUGGGAAGCCUCGUUAUAAAGAUACGAGUGGAAGAGUUCCAGUGCCAUAUAAAAGGAUGUGGUAUUUGCCUUUGACGGAAAGGUUGCAGAGGUUGUAUCUUUCAGAACGCACAGCGCAACGAAUGAGAUGGCAUGCGGAGCACUCAACAGAUGGUGAGAUUAGACAUCCUUCAGAUGCAAAAGCGUGGAAACAUUUCCAAUCAAAGUAUCCCGACUUUGCGUAUGAGAGAAGAAAUGUCUACCUUGGAUUAUGUACUGAUGGUUUCAGCCCGUAUGGGAAGUGUGGAAGACAAUAGUCUCUAUGGCCAGUCAUUGUUAAACCAUACAACUUACCCCCAAACUUGUGCUUGCGACGAGAGUUUUUGUUUCUCUCCAUUCUCGUUCCCGGACCAGAGCAUCCUAAGAUAUUUCGUGUAAAGAAAACUUUUAAAUGCGGGCAGUACUAAUGUGGACAAUAAGUGAUUUUCCAGCAUAUGGUAUGUUAUCUGGAUGGACAACGCAUGGAAGGCUAUCAUGUCCAUAUUGUCAAAAAUUAUUGAUGCUUUCCAACUAAAACACGGAAGGAAAACGUGUUGGUUUGACUGCCACAGGAGAUUCCUACCACCUGAUCAUCCUUAUCGUAGGAGUAGGAAUUUGUUUACGAAGAACAAGAGGGUGUUUGACAGUCCACCUGCAGAAAUUAGUGGGAAAGGUUUGAAGACACAACUAAGAGAUUUUGGUGCAGAAAGGACGCCAGACGUCGGUGGACAUGCGCGUUUUCCGGUAGAUGCUGUUGGAAACCUACAUAGCUGGCACAAAAAAGUAUAUUCUGGGAUCUGCCAUACUGGGAGGAUCAUUUGCUAAGGCAUAAUUUAGAUGUCAUGCAUAUUGAGAAGAACUUUUUUGACAACCUCAUGAACACGAUCCUUAACGUUCAAGGUAAAACAAAGGAUAAUUUGAAGUCAAGACUGGAUUUAGUUGAUAUAUGUGAUCGUUCAGAACUUCAUGUUGAUGGGAAUGGUAGGGCUCCUUUUCCCAUAUACCGACUUGAUGCAGAGGGAAAAAAUGCGUUCUUCGAUUGGAUUUCAAACGAUGUGGAGUUUCCAGACGGUUAUGCAUCUAAUUUGCGUAACUGUAUCGACAGAAAGGAAGGAAAGUUUAUUGGUUUAAAAAGUCACGAUUGUCAUGUGUUGAUGCAGCGCUUACUUCCGUUUGCUUUCAAGGAACUAUUACCACGAAAUGUUCAUGAAGCAAUAGCAGGGAUAAGUGCUUUCUUCCGUGAUUUAUGCGCCAGAUCAGUGACUCUUGAAGGUAUUGAAAAUCUGAAGACUAACAUAGCCGUGAUUCAGUGCAACCUUGAGAAGAUAUUUCCUCCCUCAUUUUUUGAUGUUAUGGAGCAUCUUGUUAUUCACCUGGCAAGAGAAUUGGAACUUGGUGGUCAUGUGCAGUAUAGAUGGAUGUAUCUGUAUGAGCGGUAUAUGUUCCAUUUGAAGAAGAUGGUGAAAAAUCUAAGUAGGGUGGAAGGUUCUAUAGUCGCACAGAUGAUCAAUGAAGAAAUUUCAAACUUUGCUGAGUACUACUUUCCAGCAGAAGUUCAGACCAAAAACAGAAGACCUGUACGGCAUGAUGAUAGAGGCGAACGGGCAACAUACAAUGUUACGGUUCCUGACAUUUUCACAGAUGUUGGACGACUUAGCGGAAAAUUAAAGGAUCGUCGACUUACUGAGCAGGAGCGCAGUCAUUUGCAAACAUAUUUGCUCACCAACUGCGAAGAUGUUCUUCAAUAUGAGAGGAUUUUCAUGGCAGAAAAGCGGUUCGAAUAUAGAUACGCUACAGAGGCAGAACUAGAAGAAAUGAAGCAAAGAGAAUUUGCUGGAUGGAUGUUUACUUAUGUGUCUGCUGGUUUGGCCAGAGGUGAAACAUUUGACGAUUGGAUACGUGAGAUGGUGGUUGGACCAAACUAUGUUGUGAAGUCAUAUCCGAGAUUUUGUACUCGAGGAUAUGCAUUCACAACUGAAAAGACGAAACGUUCGCGUACGACCUAUGAUGCUGGCGUUUGUUCUGCAUCGGGAGAUGAUGUAUACUACGGACACAUACAUGAGAUUUUGGAAAUCAAGUAUUUAGGCCUGCUUGGAUUGCGCUGUACUGUUUUCUAUUGUGAUUGGCACGACAUCACUCCAGAUCGAGGUCUGAGAACAGAUGCAUUUGGUGUUACAUCAGUUAAUUCGAGACGAAAGCUGCAAUAUUAUGAUCCUUUCAUUCUUGCUUCUCAGGCCGAUCAGGUUUGUUAUAUCAAGUACCCCCGGAUAAGGAACAGAGAUGAUCCAUGGGUUACUGUUACCAGACUCAACCCGAGAGGCCGAGUUCAGGGGAGUUCUGAGCUGGAAGACCCACUACAACCAAUCACAUCCAGUAACUUAAGUGCAGCAGAAGAUGUAGCAGGAGUUGGCCUUGUAGUAGAUUUCACCGACUUCGCAGAGGAAGCCGUCGUUCACGCACAGGAUGAACCAGUUAUUGGAGAGUUUCACCAAGAUCCAGAAUCAGAUUCAUCUGCUGAUGAUGAGUCGGAAUCAGAGUAG